AUGAAGACCCCUAAAUCCGUGAAAGAAGUACAAAAGUUGAUAGGAUGUGUAGCAGCCUUAGGAAGAUUCAUGUCCAUAUCCGCAGAGGAUGCAGAAGAAGCAUUUACAGAAAGAGAAAAGAAUCAACUCCCAGUAUAUUAUAUAAGUCAGGCCUUUCGGGGUUCAGAAGGGAACUAUAGUGAAGUGGAAAAAAUAUUCUUCGUCGUUGUGAUGGCAAGUAGGAAGUUAAAGCCCUACUUCCAACCACAUCAGAUUCGAGUAAGGAAGUUAAAGCCCUACUUCCAAUCACAUCAGAUUCGAGUAAGGACAAACCAGCCUCUGAAGAAGAUCUUGAAAGGCAGAAAUCAUUCAAGCCACAUUACUGAUUGGACUGAUCAACUAGCUGACUUCGGAAUAGAAUAUGAACUACGUACAGCAAUCAAAACCCAAGCAUUAGCUGAUUUCAUAGCUGAGAGCAGGGGGCCAAGUCCAACUGGCCCUGAUCAAGAAUGGAAAUUGUAUGUAGAUAGAUCUUCCACUAAGUCUGCAAGUGGACCCGGGAUACUUAUCCUAUCUUCCGCCGGGGUCAGAAUGGAGCGGGCUGUGCGAUUCGAAUUUGCCGCUUCCAACAAUGAAGCUGAAUAUGAGGCCCUUAUAUUAGGUCUAAACAUUUGCUCUGAAGCUGGGGCAAGGACCUUGUCAGUCUUUUCUGAUUCCCAACUAAUAGUCGGACAAGUGAAUGGGGAGUUCGAAACCAAAUAUGACAUCAUGAAGAUGUAUUUACAAAGGGUGAAAGAAUUUGUUACCAAUUUCGACAAAUUUUCACUCAUUCAUAUACCUAGAUCAGAUAAUGCUCAAGCGAAUUCCCUUGCAAGGUUGGCUAGUUCAGCUGAAACAUCUGAUGCACGCAACAUCAUUUGGGAAGUCCUCCUUAACCCCAGUAUCAGCGUCAUGGUCUCCACUAUCGACAGAUCAAAAAUAUGGAUGGAACCUCUCAUCAAGUACCUCCAACAAAACAUCCUCCCAGAAAGUGAAAAUGAAACUCGAAUCCUACAGAAAAAAAUAAAAGCAAAUUGGUUUGAAUUUUAUGAUGGAAUCCUUUACAAAAAAUCAUAUACACAUCCACUCUUGAAAUGUGUAAGUCCAGAAGAGGGAAAUUAUAUUUUGCGAGAAAUUCAUGAAGGAGAAUGUGGAAUACACCAAGGGGUAAGAACAGUGAUUAAUAAGGUCCUCAGAAGUGGGUAUUAUUGGCCUUCUCUUUGGAACGAUGCAGAAACUUUAAUCUUAAGGUGCUCCAAAUGCCAAUUCUUCUCCAAGGUUGCCAUAAAGCCUACUAGUUACCUCACAACAAUACAAUCCAUGUUAUCGUUCGACGAAUGGGGAACAGAUCUCCUUGGUCCAUUUCCACAGCAAGGGGUUAGAGAAAAUUCAUAA